UUUUGCCCAGGGGCUCCCUCAAAACCUUUGUUCACACCGUCCACCUCCUGCAAAAACAGACUGAUUUAGGAUCCCUGCCUGUGGCUGAUGUGUUGUACAGGCUGCUGCUUUUAGAAGGCGGACCUGGAUCCCCCUCCUGCUUGCUAGGGGGCAAACACAUGGUGUCCUGGGGUUUUGAGGACAUGUUGCCAGCACCUGAUGCUAACCCCGGCUCUGGCUCCGAAAACAAAGAUGCAGACUUAGGCCGCUGCCUGGCCGUGGAUGGACUUUAUCUUUACACCACCAACUCCGUUGGCCGGGGAAUCAGCAAAUUAGGCUCUGGAUUACACGGUACUUUACGGGGCUUUGUCUACUCCCGCAACGAGGAACUGGAAUCCGGCUGGGUGGCCUUCGGCAACGGCCGGCUGCUCCACAGGCCGGUCUCCUUUGACAGCAAACCUCACUCCCUUUUCCAGGUCAUCGAUCAGAACACCCUUCAG